UUCAUCGGGUGCUCGACAACGGACGAAUGCUGCAGGACCGUCGAGAUCGAGAUAAGAUCCCCUUCGUACGAGGAUGUACGCGCAGACAUCUAUGGCAAGAUGCGGCCAGGGGUUCCCAAGGUUUCCGACCUGCCCCCAGACGCCUCAAAGAAGAUCCGCGCGCGGCGCGCGCAGCAGCUUGCGGAGCUCCACCGCCGGGAAGAGGCCUUUGCCGCCCCGGCGGAGCUGCCAGUCGCGGCUCUUAGGGCAGCCAAAGAACCGCCCGCCAGGGCAGGCGAUGUGCACCCAGCCAGCCCGGCACAAGCCGCAGAAAGCUAG